CCACAGACUUAGUUUUGCUUUACAAUGUAAACAAACAUAGCUAUUGUUAAAUUAGAUCGCGUCUGUUUGUUUGAUCGAGUGUUCGUGCGCGCUAUGAUAUUUAGAAAAGUUUUUACUAGUUUACUAGUUAUUGGAUUAGCGGCAGAAGUUUGGUCUCACGUUGAAAUCGAGUCUGAAGAUUACUUUUUCCCCCUAGAACCGGUUAUAAAUUUCUGCCACAUGGCGGAGCAAUGCCAGCACGACUUCGUGCCAAUCUGUGGCCAGGACUCGCUCGGCAUCACCAGAAUGUUCUCUGACAACUGCGACCUAUAUGAGUACAACUGUGAUGAAAAGAAACAAUACCGCCACGUGAAGUUAGACGCUUGCAAAUACGAGGCGGCUGCUAACGAUGAACCAUUCUAACUCAUUGUUACAUGUAUAUAAAUUAUUUGUACUAAUAAAUAUUACUAGGCAUAAAAUACAGUGAUUACGCAGAUAUUUUUUAGUAGAAUUAGUUUAUAAAAAAACUUAUUUGUCCUUGGACGAUAUACGUUUGUAAGUGGUACAGAGUAUCAAGAAGUAUUUCUUGGUCAAAUUGGCGAUUUGUAACAUUUCACGUCCUAAGUUUUCUGUUGCAUAUUAUGUAGAGAUACUAAUAUUAUAAAUAGGUGAAUUUGUGUCGUUUUAUUGCUUACCUACUUAUAAACUUCAGAACCGAAAUUGAAAAUUAUUUUAAGUAAGGAUAACCACGCUGUUUGUGGGUGUCAUUUACAUCAUAUUAACAAGGAAAAUACUGCCAAUAGAUUUUGUGACAAAUGAAGCUAGAUUUUUAACCUUUAUGUUUUACUUACUAAAGUAAUGUGUUCUAAAUAGUAAUAUUAGAUUUUUCUCUACUUUUUUCAUGAACUUUUUUAUUUCACAGUAGAUCUAAAACACACUUAUAAAAAUAUUAAAACAUCAAUAGCACAUAUUCUCAGCAAAAUAGACUUCAAACAGGAGCAGAGGCAGCGAUGCGCACGCGCAAACAACAGCCCGAGCAAACUUCACAAGUUUGACGUCACAAGCCGCCUACGCGUGUUACAUAUUCCUAGAAUUACUUAAACAAAUAAUGUUGUUAGAUGAGUCGACCGACAACCAGGCUUCAGUAAAUACUUCUUUGAAUGCAAUAAAUAAUACUAGUACAUCUGUCCAAAUAUAAAGUCUAAACCUCUUUACGUCACAGAAAAAAAAACAACCCUUGGAGACUACAUAACAGAUAUGAAAUGGAGACUUCUAUCAGCCACUCCACCCAAACGAAGUUUCCACAAUCGUCAACGGAAACAAUAAAAACAUGCUUAAAUAUAUGGAUUUAUUUCCGACAGGUCACGUGACUGAUCAAUCUUCUCCAUACAUUGAUGUGUUUUCUAAUGACGAUAACGAUUAUGAAAAUGGCACUUAGAUAGAACGCAAGAGCAUAUUGGGAAUUUUUAAAUUGGAAUACUUAAUUUAAAAAUCCGAUUUCAUAUUCUAUAAAUACCAGCUGUACUAAGUUUAGAUGUUAAGCACUACCCAU